ACUUUUCACUACAAAAUUAAUAGGUUGAGUGCUAUAGCCAUUGAAGGCAUUAAUUGUGACCUAAUAUGGUUUGGUGGAGUUAUUGAAUAUGAAACUUUUCAUAUUCCAGCCCUAAAGACUGCCGAAAAGCCAUUAAUUGGAAUGGUAGUGGUUGUGAAUUAAAUAUAUAGAACCUAUUUGCUUCUUAUUUUCGAAAAUAAAGAAAAAGAGUUAAAAAAAAAGGUGCAAUACAGCCUCUUUAAAGAACUCAGAAGGAAAAACAGGUUGUAGUUGGUGUCAUCGGUGAAAUCAGUCAGAUCUGAGUAUGUAAGUAUUUGUAUAAUACCUUUAAAUGAAUUUUAUUGAAUUCGUUCUUUGUGUUUUUUGUUCAUAGCAUGCCGAUGCCCCGAACGAGAUUAACCCUCAAUCGUGGCCGUUAGAGUACGACGAAUGCCUUAUGGAUGCCGCGGCUUCGUAUGCAGUUGAAGUUGAAACUUUGAAUGAUCCCGAAGUGUAUGACGAAUGUCUGUUCGUAUGCUACAUCAGCUUGGCCUUUCAGUUCUCGAACAACUUCGACGACAUUCAAACCAACCGUAGGAUGGAUUGGCUUAGGAAUCGUUACUUUCGAUUUAAGGAGUACAUUGCAAAGCCAGGUGUGACGUUUAAUGUGAACACAAGAAAGGUGACAGUUGACAGGAGUUUUUGGCCAGUCACUCUCAAGGAGACGGUGGAGGAAAGGACAUUUAGGAUCAACGGGUUUCCGUUGUUUGAAGACUGUCAUUUCGUGUUUGAUGUGAAACACGCACCCGCCGUCGACUUUCGAGGUGUUGAGGGGUAUGAUCCAGACUACCCGGUUGUCAUCCACAAUGACGACGAUGACGAACAGGUAGAUGUUGCCGUUGAAGCUAAUCCACCUCCAAAUGCGCCCAUAGUUGUCGACCCGCACUAUGCAAUCUACCUGGAUGACCUCUAUAAUCACCUUCGUAUUGAACGUGGUAACAACGGUGCAAACAACAACAAUGGAAACGAGGCAGGUGGAAAUGAAGCCGCUGAACCGGCCGUUAGUUUCAGUGACAAUAUGGAAACGUCCGACAACUCCGAAAGUCUUUGAGCACUUCAGAAUUAAUGACCUUAAAUGCAGCUUUCGGGAUGCAUUAUUUGUGUUUUUUGUUGUUCACGUUGGGAUGUUUUGCUAUGUAUUAAGACCUCGUAUUAUUUGCUAUGUUUUUUUCGAUUUCGAAAUUUUUUGGA